GCGCGAAAGCUAACGGUCACCAACCCUUUUUCUCUCUCUCUCUGUAGAAGAGAAGAAGAGAAGAAGAGAAGAAGAAGAAGAGAGAGUAUCGGAAUAAAGGAAGAACAACAAAGAAGGUGAUUUGAUGCUGUGUGGAACCUCUGAUGGAAAUUUCUGGGUGUUUUUGGGGUAUUUGGUUUGUUUGAUUUCUGAAAGACAAUCGUGCGCCGAUUGAAGGGGGAAAAAGGGUUUCUUGAGCUUAUAUUGCUCCCAUUGUACUGAUUAUGGCUAUGCAAAGUCAUAUGUUGAAGUUGUUCAUCUUGUGUUUGAGCAUUGCCCUAGUCCCAUGCUCAAGCCAGUUGCAAACCUCACAAGCAUGGUCUCUUCUCGGAAUCCAGCACCUUUUGAACUACCCAUCAGCUCUAAGUAGCUGGAAUAACUUCUCAGAUAUCUGUGAUGCCGAACAGAAUCCUUUUUUUACAGUGGUUUGCUAUGAAGAAAGCAUUACACAAUUGCAUAUUAUCGGUAAUGAGAGCACUCCACCUCUUCCUAAGAACUUUUCCAUUCAUUCGUUUUUCACUACUCUUACUAGACUUCCAGACUUGAAAGUUCUUUCUCUGAGAUCUCUUGGAUUAUGGGGCCAUAUUCCAGCAAAGAUUUCACGCCUAUCGUCUUUGGAGAUUGUUAAUAUGAGUUCAAAUUACUUUUCUGGUGUUAUCCCUAGUGAAGUUUCUUAUUUGAAGAAUCUUCAAACACUGAUCCUUGAUCAUAACAUGUUUAGUGGUCACCUUCCUGAUUGGAUAGGUUCACUUCCUCUGUUGACAGUGCUGAGUGUAAAGAACAAUAAUCUCAGUGGAACUCUACCUGAUUCAAUUAGUAAAUUGGAGUCUCUCAGGGUGCUUGUGCUCUCAUCAAAUAGUUUUUCUGGAAAGGUUCCUGAUCUCAGCUUGCUUACAAACCUUCAAAUGCUUGAUUUGGGUGAGAACCACUUUGUUUCACAAUUUCCUAAUGUCGGGAAGGAGUUGGUUUAUCUUAAGUUGAGGAAGAACAAGUUUACUGGCAGCCUUCCUUCUGAAAUAACCUCUUGUUACCUGCUUCAGUGGUUGGAUGUUUCAUCAAAUAGAUUUGUUGGCCCUUUUCCACCAUCAUUAUUGUCUCUGCCUUACAUCAACUACCUAAAUAUAUCCGGAAACCGAUUCACUGGCAUGCUUUUUCAAAACAUGUCAUGUAGUGAUACACUUGAGUCUGCCGAUCUUUCAGCAAACCUCUUGACUGGGAGCAUGCCUUCAUGUCUUGUAUCAAAUUCUAAUAACAAGAUUGUUAUAUAUUAUGAGAAUUGCUUGACAACUAAAUCUCAAAAUCAGCAUCCAUCCUCGUUUUGCCAGACCCAGGCUUUGGCUGUGGGUAUAGUGCCUCGUAUGCAGAAGAAGAUAGCUGUACUUAAGGCAAUUCGGUUGGUAUGUGUGAUUGGUGGAGUUAUUGUUGGUUCUCUCCUAGUUGGAAUUCUGAUUUUGGCUGCUAUUAAAAGAUUAAAUUCAAGCAGAGCAAGCGAACAACCUCCAAGAAGACUGAUUGAGCAUGCUUCACAUAAUUUUCCAUCAAAAUUGCUGACAGAUGCAAGGUACAUCUCACAAACAAUGAAGCUUGGAACACUUGGCCUUCCAUCAUAUCGGUCAUUUUCCUUGGAGGAGCUUGAGGCGGCUACAAACAACUUCGAAACAUCAGCUUUUAUGGGAGAGGGUUCUUAUGGGCAGAUGUACAAAGGCAGGCUAAAUGACGGUUCUAUGGUGGCAAUUAGAUGCUUGAAACUGAAGAAGGGUCAGAACUACCAGAACUUUAAUCGACAUAUUGAACUUAUCUCAAAGUUGCGCCAUCGACAUUUAGUCAGUGCUCUUGGACACUGCUUUGAGUAUUACCUUGAUGAUUCCACAGUCAGCAGACUAUUUCUCAUUUUUGAAUACAUGCCAAAUGGUACAUUAAGAACCGGCAUUUCAGAAGGAGUUGGAGGACAAAUGCUUACAUGGUCUCAGAGAAUAUCGUCCGCCAUCGGUGUCGCAAGGGGCAUUCAGUUUCUGCAUGCAGGCAUUAUACCUGGCUUGUUUGGGAACAAUUUAAAGAUAACAAACAUACUUUCUAGAUCAGAAUUGUUGCGAAAAAUCAGCAGUUAUAACCUGCCAGUAUUAUCGGAGAGUGUGCGAACAGAUGUUAAAGCGGGAUCGGUAGGUUCUUCAAAUGGACCGAAGGAUGGAAGAACAAAACAUAUGGACAAAAAAGAUGUAUAUGAUUUUGGUGUCAUCUUGCUAGAACUUAUAUCUGGAAGACCAAUGAAAUCUCAACAUGAGACUAACAUCAUAAAAGAUGAGCUACAAGCAAGCAUUUCGACCGAUGGAGAGUCCAAAAGGAAGAGCAAUGUGGAUCCUGUAGUCCGUAGAGCUUGCUGCGAUGAAUCAUUGAAGACUGUCAUGGAAAUAUGCGUCCGAUGCUUGUCGAGGGAGCCAACAGAGAGACCUUCCGUCGAGGAUGUGCUGUGGAAUUUGCAGUUCGCUGCUCAGGUCCAAGAUGCCUGGAGGAAAGAUUCUUCGAGCAGCGAGGGGUCACCAUUCCCAUCGUAUCAACCUCGGAGAUCACUAGCCUGAUAAAGAACAAUUUCAUCGUUAUGUAAGUAUCGAAAGUACAUAUGUCAUUAGAAUUUAUGCAUGUCCUUUUUCCUCCAAAUCUAUAAAUUCCUUGAAUGAUGAUAGCAGUGUGUGUACCACGAAUUGAGCUUAUUUUCUUCAUCUGUUCAGAGGCAAUAUCUGUGUAUGUAAAGAUUGAAUUAUUUAUAAAUACGACGAUAUUGAAUUGAGCUUC